CAUUUAAAAUUCAAAUCAUGAACAUCACGCUGCAUUCGUUACGCAACUGCUUUCCCCAUGUCCACAAAGUGAUUUCGGAACGAAUGAAAUAUAUCCGAGGAGAGAUGUGCCCGGCGCCGGCAAGAAACGUCACGAUUGUACGAACCGGUUAAACGACUUUCACCCAACUUCCUCUCGCUUUCGUUGGUCCCAUCCGUGUAAUUACACGCGUCUUCACGAGCAAGACAGCUUUAGCCGGUACGGUACCGUUACCGGAAACUGCUGUCUACACGUGGAUGAGUAAGAAUGUUACUCUAGUAAACAAAAAAACUUAUCUUUACGAACAAUGAUAGAUAUCGAAAGAUUUUGAAGUAAAAGUAGAUUAAAAUUUUAGAUGGAUAAUUAUAUGUUAAAAACGUGUCUUUUUCACAUGAAUCCGAUAUUGACCCGAGAUAUAUCGAGCUUUAUCGCGGUCGCGAUGAACAAUAAAACCAAACGGAGAAAGGUGAGAUAUACUUUCACGUGGAUUCGCAGCUGGCAUUCGCGCGGAGAAAUUGUUGAGAGAUUCUCAUGAUUAUUGGAGAAUAGAAAAUCGCGAAGGGCUUUGUCUUAAAAAUUAAAAUAAUAGAUUAAAUAAUAAUGAAAAACUAAUGUAAUAAAAAGAUAAGUACGUUAAAUAAAAUUAAAAUAAUAUAGAUUAUGAGAUAUAAAAUAUCGAAAAAUAAAUUUUUGCGAUAUAAACUAUAAACAAGAAUAAAAAAAUAAUGUAAUAGAAUUUAAUGUGUAAUAAAUUUGAUCAAGUUGAUGGAUUAUAAUAAGAUCGUUAAAAAAAAGAGCUUCAUCUAUUAGUGAUCGCGAGAUUAAAAAAUUCAAUAUAAAACUAAGUCUUUCUCGAUGUUUAUUACAGGAUGAGAGCGCAGUUCAUCCUGAUAGCUUGCUUGGCAAUAGCAAACCAAGCACUUUGUACUCAAGUAUAUGAAACGCCGAGUGACUCGUCGCAAGUACAAUGGCAACCGUGGAAGAUUCAAGUCUCGAACGAGGAACAAGAGAAAUAUCAUCCUGUCACGUUCGACGCUACUGAUACGCAACAGAAGGAAUCGCAACAAUCGUUGGUAUACAACGCGAAUAUUCAAUCAGGCGCCAGCGGAGUCGCCGAGGUUCUCAGUGAACAAUCGAUCGAAUCUGUAAUCGACAACAUUCUCGUAUCCAAUCGGCAGGGUCGCAAUCUCGAGGGUUACGAAGAGAUCUACUCUGAUCCUGAAGUAAAAAAUGCUCUUCAACUUGGCAACGAUACCAUCGCACGUACUUACAUCAGGGACAAACUCUGCUCUCUCGGUCUGAUGAACUGCGAGGAUACGGAAGGACGACGUCCUUAUUAUUCCCCUCAUCGCGACAUUUAUCCGCACGAUGUCAUUUACGCUCAACCGGUGACAAUUAAACCGGUGGGCCGUCCACUUCCGGCUAUACCCGUCAAACGACCUUAUGGUCCCGCGAAACCCGUGUCACUGCCUCCGAGUUUCGGCUCUCCGCUGGGACCUAACGUUUAUCCUGGACCAGGACCGACGUUUGGUAGACCACCACCCGGCUUCGUCGGACCUUACCCUGGAUAUAAGAAACCCGGUUUCCCUCCCCCAUACGUGUCUAAACCUAUAUACGAGCCCGGCGUCGAUAUUGAACCUGAUUUCGAGGACAAGUUUAUCGAUAAGAAACAGGUAGUCCUGCAUCAAUCGGGCUCCUCGGCCGUUCAGCAACACGUUCACCAUCAUUAUCAUCACGGAGACGAUAUAAAGUCUGGCAUCGCGCCCAAUCCCGUCGCAAUCCCGUCUCUUACGCUCGGUGGAAACGGACUCGGCGGUAACGGAUUCGGUGGUAACGGACUCGGUGGUAACGGACUCGGCAACUACGGUUACGGAAACGGCGGUACUUACGGCACCACAUUCAACGAUUUUGAUGAUUACAAAAAAGCGUUCAAGAUCAAAACGCCCACGAGCAACAGCGGUCCGUCCGUCUCCUCCGCGAAGGGCUACGCCGAUCGUUAUCCCGUUUACGAAAAGCCAAAGCAGUUCGGCGGUUCCAUUGGACAAUACGGCUCCAAUAAUCAGUUCCCGGGAAACGGUAAUCUCCCGGAUAACGGCGAUUAUCAGUUCAACAAUGGCGCCGAUAGCAACUACGGUGCCACAUCCUAUGACGAUUGCGUGUGCGUACCGUACGAUCAAUGCUCCACGAUCAAUCACGUGGGCCGCAAGGACGAUCUCUACCUGGCAAUUGAUCCGCGCAAUCUUGACAAGGACAUCGAAGCCGAAACUGUCGAAGUGGUGAUCACCGAUGGAAACGGCACCAUGAGCGUCGUUCGAGUGCCCAAGGGAGUAAACGAGACCGAGCAGAUCGAACAGGCGAAAAACGAGUGGACGAAGGAAGCGGCCGAGACGAAAGUUACAAAGCGAAAUCGCAGAGAUGUCAAGAGCGUUAUCAAGAAGGACGACAAGCAAGAGAUACAAGAAAGACUGACGGUGGACAAUCUGGACACCUCAAAACUGAACGUGAAGCCGACCUGGGGCGUCAGUUUCGGCCUACCGCAGACCGGUGGUCCGAUCGCGCCCCAUCCUGGUUAUCCUCUGGGAAUUCCGGGGUAUACGCCAGGCUAUGGUCCAAUUGGUGGACAAGGCAUAAAUCUAGGUCCGGUUUCCGUGAAUCCGCUCGUAGCGGUGCAAGUUACCAAAGACGAGUAUGGCGAGAAGGUCGUUAAGCCAUACGUAAAUCUUCACGUGACACCCAAUCCAGGACUUGUUCACAAACUGGGCCAUCUGCUGGCUUACAAGAAGCACGGCCUGUACGGCGGGCAUUACGGUGGAUACGAUGCGGCUUACGCUCCCCAUUAUCACACGCAUCACGAGAAACCGAUCUAUCAUUAUCCGUCGAGACCUCCGUUCUAUCCGUCGCACGGCGUUCAUCAUCACUACAGCGAUCACUAUCCGACGUAUCACAAGCCUCACUACCACGGCGGAUAUUAUCCUUCCUACAAUAAAGACGAUAAUGACGAUUAUGAUGAUUACGAUUCUUCGGACGAUUACGCGGAUGAUUACUAUAGGAACGCUCGCGUGAGAAACGCGAAGGGUGAACAGUCCUCGACGAAGGAUUCUUCGCGAGGACCGACCGAUGAACGACAGACGAGCGGGAAGAUUACCUUCUCGGACAGAAGGAAACGCAGUGCGUUUAACGAAACGAGGUCGGAGAGACGAUACGGACGUCCGCCAGUUUGCGGUUCUCAUCACGUCUGCUGCGAGAAAUCGCACAUAAUAGGAGCACGCCCGCAACCCGGUCAAUGCGGAGUUAGGAACACACAAGGCAUCAAUGGCCGCAUCAAGACCCCGGUCUACGUCGAUGGAGAUUCUGAAUUCGGUGAAUACCCGUGGCAAGUUGCCAUCCUGAAAAAGGAUCCUACCGAAAGCGUCUAUGUCUGCGGAGGUACAUUGAUCUCGUCGCGUCACAUCAUCACCGCUGCUCAUUGCGUGAAAACUCACGCCGGUCGUGAUCUUCGCGCACGAUUGGGCGAAUGGGAUGUGAAUCACGAUGUCGAAUUCUACCCCUACAUCGAACGCGACAUCGUCAGCGUUUUCGUGCAUCCUGAAUUUUAUGCCGGUACUCUCGCAAACGACCUCGCCAUUCUUAAACUAGACCACGACGUUGAUUUCGGAAAGAAUCCUCACAUUAGUGCGGCCUGUCUACCGGACAAACUUGACGAUUUUACAGGAGCAAGAUGCUGGACCACCGGAUGGGGUAAAGACGCCUUCGGCGAUUACGGCAAGUAUCAAAACAUAUUGAAGGAGGUGGACGUACCUGUUGUCAGCAAUCACGUCUGCCAGCAACAGAUGAGACGGACGCGGCUCGGACCCAGUUUCAAUCUGCAUCCGGGCUUCAUUUGCGCCGGCGGCGAGGAGGGCAAAGACGCUUGCAAGGGCGACGGGGGCGGUCCGAUGGUCUGCGAGCGUCACGGCCGCUGGCAAUUAGCCGGAGUGGUUUCCUGGGGCAUCGGCUGCGGCCAGGCCGGCGUACCCGGCGUUUACACGCGCGUUUCCCAUUAUCUCGACUAUAUCCGCCAGAUCGUGGAUUACUGAAAAAGAAAUAUCUGAUCAAUAAUGAGUCAUAUAUAUUCUCUAUUAUGUAUAAAAAACUUAAUAGAAUCUCAACUUUCGCGGAAUCGAACAAUCUUUAUCAUCUGAUAAAAUUUUAACAGUGAUUUCAAUCUCGGGACAUCUCGGGACAUUUUAAUUGCGAGAAAGAGAAAAGAAAGAUAUAUAUUU